CCUGUGGCCGACGUCAUCUGGAGGAGAUUUGCUUUCCUUUUCUCCAAAAGGGGAGAAAGUUGAAACUGAGUGGCCCACGAUGGGAAGAGGGGAAGCCCAGGGGUACAGGAGGCCUCUGGGUGAAGGCAGAGCCUAACAUGGGGUUCAAAGCAACCUUGGCCGUUGGCCUGACCAUCUUUGUGCUGUCUGUCGUCACUAUCAUCAUCUGCUUCACCUGCUCCUGCUGGUUUCUGUACAAGACGUGCCACUGACACGUCCCUCCAAGUGUGCCGCCCAGCUACCCUGGACCAAGCUACCAGGGCUACCACACCAUGCCGCCUCAGCCAGGGAUGCCAGCAGCACCCUACCCAAUGCAGUACCCAUCACCUUACCCGGCCCACCAGCCUCCUUACAACCCAGCCUACAUGGAUGCCCCCAAGGCACCCCUCUGAGCAUCCCCCAGCCUCUCUGGCUGCCACUUGGUUACGUUGUGUGUGUGUGAGUGGUGUGCAGGC